UUUACCCCUUAUCUACACUCUUUUCAAGACAUGAUAAUAUAUAACACCCAAUAAUAAUUAAGGGUAAUUUUGUAAAAAUGUUAUCUUUAUUGACUCAAUCAUUACUUUUCUUAAUCUGUGUGUAACAACCUUAAACGACAUUUAUUUUGGGACGGAGGGAGUAAUAAAAUACGUGUUUAAUGUCUGACAUGUGUCAAUGUCAAAUGACACACGUGUAGGCGUUCCAGUAUCAUGUUUGUGCUUAAUAGAAUAUACACAUGGCGAGUCUUCUAAAUUAUUAUUAUCUUAUGUACUUUUGCAGGAUACAUUGCAUCCAGUUGUAUAGGUAUGUAAAUUAUUGUUGAAUAGUACACUAACUCUAUUCAUGUGGCCAUUUUGAUUGAUAUACAAGUUGGUCUGUUAAGUGCAAAAGUUUGCACUCAAGUCACAUCACAUAGAAUCUUAUCAUUUUCAAUUCCAUUAAUCGCUUAUCACUUUCUCCCAUACUAAACUACCACACCUAAAUUUCUUCUGAAAUAAUCAUAGCCUCCAAUAAACUUCCCCAUCAUAUUCAGAUUGAUUGUAGUGAAAAUAGACCACUUCAUCAAGUUUAGAGGUGAGUGAAUCAAGUUCAACACCCAAAUGUGAAUCACUUGACUUCGACCUCUGCCAUACAAUCCAAAUUUCACUACUAGGAACUAGUAACAAUAAUUUAACUUUUGUAUCUAUAGAUUGAAAAAGUAAAAGGACAUGCAUAUUAUAGUUACUUUUAAAUAAACAGAUAUAAUUUUUAUUAGGUGACAAUGUAAAAUUAUCAUUGUUAUACUCACAUAUAUACCAAAUUACUCAUGUUUUAAAAAAAUAUAAUAAUUCAACUUCGUAGUCUAGUAGUCAAUCCAAUUUGCGCAUGCAUUUGAAAACUAAAACACAUGUAUGUUUGAAUUUGCACCUACUCUUUCUUUAUAUAGAUGCGCCAAUUAUGAACAAGGAAGAUGAAAGGCUUGUCGCACCAAUCUUUAUGUAGUUCGACUAGUUAAUGUCCAUUUACCCACUCCUCAUUGUGGUCUAUUGUCUCUUGGAUAAUUAGUCGACUCACGCCAACAAACUUCAUCAUCAAACGCCUAACAAACCAACAACCACUACUAAAAAUAUUACAUUUGCUUACAAGAUUUUACAUCAAGUAUAAAAAUAACUGAUGUGAAAAAUAUAUGCCAAAGAAUUUUACAUCAGGUAUUUCAUGGAGCUGAUGGGAAAAAUAACUAAAAAAUUAAAAAUCCAAUACACGGUGGCAUUACUGUAAAUAAAACUAAAUUUUUAUAAAGGCUUUUACAUCGGGCCAUAUAAUACCCGAUGGGAAUAGUAUACCAGAAUGGGAUUUUCCAUCAGCCAAUACAAUACCCGAUGGGAAAAGUCUACACGGUGGCAUUACUGUAAAUAAAACAAAAUUUUUUUAUAAAGGCUUUUAGAUCAGCCUAUAUAAUACCCGAUGGGAAAAGUUUGCCAAAAAGGGAUUUCCCAUCAGCCCAUACAAAACCCAAUGGAAAAAGUCUACCAGAAAGAGAUUUUCCCAUCGGCCCAUAUAUUACCCGAUGAGAAAAGUCUCCCACUAUUUCCAACUUAACCUAGCCUUCUUCACUCAAAAAACAAAAUUUCUUUUUCCUUCUUUGCUUUCUCUGUGCGGUACAGCUUCACCUUCACCGACCCACUCACCUCCCGUCCUGCGCGACUGAACAAAAACCCAGAAAAGAUAUACACAAUGUUUGGCUAGCUAUACACAAAACAUAUUCUUUUCUUUCUUCCCUUCCUGCGCGAUUGAACAAAAACCCACGACGGCUGGUAACGCCUAGCAGACUCGCCGGUAACGCCACCGUCGUCGAUCCACGACCUCCACCAAACCGCGUAUUUGCGUUAGUGUACGACCUCGCCUCCUCUUCCGUUACUUCGCUCUUCUCCUGCUUCAGCCUGCCCGCGACGGCCUGAGUCUGACGGUGCACGACCCUUCCUCUUCCGUACUUGAAGAUACAUAGCUGAUUGGAGUUCAUCUGAUUUGUAAUAAGAUAUGGAUCGUAGUUGGAUGAGAGCUAAUCGAUUAAGUGCUGAGUACGAACAUGGAGUGAUGGAAUUUCUGCAGUUUGCUGAAAGUAAUGCUAAAAAAUAUCUGCCUCCUCCUAAAAGUAGUGCUGAAGAAAGUCUUCCUACGCUUAUUCUCUGUCUGUGUGUUCGUUGUGCAAAUAAAGAACCAAAACUUAGUAAGAAAGAAAUCAUGAAUCAUCUAAUUUGUAAAGGGAUUUGUCAAAGUUAUACACAAUGGAUAUGGCACAGUGAAGUAGUAGCAACGUCAAAUGUGUUCCAAAUAGAUAAUGUUAGUGUAGAAAUGGAUGAUCAUCUAGAAGAUAUGAUGCGUGAUAUUGGACAAGAUUCGUUUAAGAGGGCACAUGUGUAUGAUAGCUUAUGCAUUGACAAGGAUACACUUUUGUACCCGGGAUGCACAAAUUUUACACGUUUGUCAGCCGUGUUAAAAUUGUUCAAUCUGAAGGCAGUUAACGGGUGGAGUGAUAAAAGUUUUACCGAAUUGCUUGAAUUGUUGACACAAAUGCUUCCAGAAGGUAACGUACUGCCAAUGUAUUUGAUGAUCCUACAGAAUUAACAGAAGAAGAUUUGUAUGAUUUGCGGCUCCGUUGGGCAAAAUGUUUCUUUGAGUUAUAUAAAGAAUAACUUUUUGUUUAGUGUUGUUAUUUUGUAGUAGAAAAAUGCGUGUAAACCUUUCUUAUCAUUUUGUACACUUGUGUAUCCUAAAUUAAUACUUUUGUAUAUUUUGACGGAUAUAUAUGCAUCUUAGCUAUUUGGUGCAGUUAAAUGUGGU